GAUCUUAGUGGUUUUUUCCAAACCUUAAUGAUUCUGUGAUUUUAUGCAGAGUGUUCCAUGGCAGAGAGUAGACCUGAAUGAGUUUUAAGGCCCCUUUCCAACUCAAACCAUUCCAUGGUUCCUUGGUUCUAUGAAAAACUUGGUUUGCUGCUGCAUCUACAUGCCCCAGCCAUCCUGAGGAGGUGCCAUGGGGAUGAAAGAGCAUCCAUAGAGCAUCUGCAGAGCCUCCAUUUCCAGGUACAGCAUCAAGGAACCAUACUAGAACCAGGCUGAAGAAAGUGUGAAGGGUCAGCAAUGCCAAAAGCAAGAAGCAGGCAAGUAAUAGCAGUGUCUGCCUGUCGCCAACUUUCCCCUGCCUCCUGUGGGACUGUAUUUCUGCUGCUGGGGACUCUGACAUGGACCACUGUGACCCUAUGGGCUUCCAGAGGAUGGACCAUGGGGCACCAGAAACUCCACCUCCCAGGUCAAAAGCAAAGACUUUGACCCCAUUGCCCAGCACAGGGUGCAGCUGCAAGCUCUGGACACUCAGACCUUGGACUGUGAGGCUCCAAACAAGCUACGCUGCACCAGGGGCUCUGCUGAAGCCUCCAAAACCUAUAGAGGCUGCCUGGAGAACUCUGCAGAGCCCAGAGCCAUGCGCAUCGCAGUCGUCGGGGCUGGAGUGAUCGGCCUGUCCACCGCCCUGUGCAUCCACGACCGCUUCCAUGCACUGGUGCCCCAGCUGCAGCUGGAGGUCUACGCCGACCGCUUCACGCCGCACACCACCAGCGAUGGGGCUGCAGGCCUGUGGCAGCCCUACCUGAGCGACCACGGCAACCUGCAGGAGACACUGUGGAACAAGGAGACCUUUGAGCACCUCCUGGGGUACCUCAACUCACCAGAAGCAAAGGAAAUGGGACUGUUCCUGAUUUCUGGAUAUAACCUGUUUAAGCAGCCUGUACCGGAUCCAUCUUGGAAGAACAUUGUCCUUGGCUUCAGGAACUUGACACCGAAAGAGCUUGAACUCUUUCCUGGCUACAGCUAUGGCUGGUUCAACACGGCGCUGAUGCUGGAGUGCAGGAGCUAUUUGCCCUGGCUGACCAACAGGCUGGCGCAGAGAGGCGUGAAGUUCUUCCACAGGAAGGUCGAGUCCUUCGAGGAGAUGUUUUCCCAGGGAAUUGAUGUUGUCAUAAAUUGCACUGGGAUCCGUGCUGGGGAGCUGCAGCCAGACCCAGCUCUGCAGCCUGCCCGUGGGCAAGUCAUCAAGGUCCUGGCCCCAUGGUUGAAGCACUUCAUUAUCACUCAUGACAUGGAGUCAGGGAUCUACAGCUCACCCUACGUCAUCCCGGGGAGUGAGUUCACAGUUUUGGGAGGCAUCUACCAGCAAGGCAACUGGAACGAAGAGAACAGUGCUCAGGACCACAAGUCCAUCUGGGAGAGGUGCUGCAGGCUGCUGCCCACGCUUCAGAAAGCAGAGAUUGUGCAGGAGUGGAGUGGCCUGAGACCAGCACGUCCCAGCGUCCGCCUGGAGCGGGAGAGCAUUGGCCAUGGGCGUUCAAGGACAGAGGUCAUACACAACUACGGCCACGGUGGCUUUGGGAUCACCAUCCACUGGGGCUGUGCCAUGGCCGCAGCCCGGCUGCUCGGGAACAUCCUGCAAGAGAAGCAGCAGCCCCAGUCCCGCCUGUGAGUUGCCUUCUCAGCUGGGAUUAUUGCGAUAGCAGUACCUUAGAAAUCACAGCAAAAAGAUCCAAGCAACACUGGUGCACGUGGGCUGUUGACACUCCUGCUGGCUUUGCUGAUGCUUCCUCCUGUCUUGUUUUCGGGUUGCUGCCAGUUCUGCUGCUGCCAUUUGCCAGACGGCCGAAUUUCCUCCAUCGUGGCCUCGUGCAACCUACCCAAAGGAAGUGCUUUAAAACAUGGACUAAUUAUCUGUGACAAAGUGCACUUCUGUCUCAGGGAUCAGACUGCAAAGGGCAGGUGGAGUUCAGUUGAAGCCUUGGCAGUCCUGCAGUUUAUCUGCACGCUGAGACAGGAUCUGAAAGCGAGCUGGUGCCGUGCGAGGUCUCCACUGGCUGCUCAGACACCCGGCAUGUAAUUGGAUUUGCAAGCUGCCCCCAAGAGGCAAAAGCUCCUUAGUAGGAAGAAGCUCCUGGGGAAGUGACAAUGGCCUCACAAGCACGUGCUCCACUUGCAAUUGCUUUUCUUACGCUCAUGCCAGGACAAAGCACGGGUCUGCAGCACCUGGUUAGUGUAUCUGGCAGCAGACAGCAGUGGUUACCUAAAAUGGCUUUCCAAAUGAUGGUUUUAGUAACAAAAGCAACAUGUUCCAGCCCUGUGUACUUGCCAAUUCCUAUAUAUAGCACAGUGCAUAUGCCAAAUAGCUGUUCUUGUCCCUAAAACUCCCACGGGCACUUUGGUUUCUCAUUUCCCUCUGCUGUGAAGAAGCCUUGGGGCUGUGCUGAUCAGAGGAGGCAGGGACACCUCCCAGGAGGGUGACUCUUCUUGGAGAGAGGAGCCAGAGGUGGUCAGUGUCACUUCCAAGGGCCCCAGGCCUGGUUCUAGAGAUGAGCUUUGGCCUCUUGUUCUGUGCCACGUGCCUUUCCUGCUGUAAAGAUUUCACAAACAGAAAGGUGCUGUGAGGUCAGAAAGCAUCAGCCUCAGAUCCAAAGUGCCGUACUGGUAAAUGAGAGCUGCUGCCGUGCAGCCAGGUUUGUCUCACCUCCUGGGGAGCUGGAUUCAACAAUCCCAUGGCCCCUGCACCCUGUCCAAGGACCUGUUGUGAUGCUUACCCAAGAGUGAGCGCUCAGUGCUGCAGGAAACAAUCCACACACACAAGACCUGCUGCCCCAGACAUGUAUGAGCCUUGUCUCUGUUUCCGAAGUGCUGUGGAGGUCACUGUGCCAGCACAGCCCCAGGAGACCUCCCCAUGACAUGGUUCUCCACUGAACGCUGUGACUGUUCACACUGUGAACUUAGCAAGUUUUACACGCUGUGAGCAGUGGGAACAACCUGAGCAGCUUUGCUGAGCACGAGCUCAGUGUUUGCCAUUGUACAAACGCAGCAGUAGUUCUCACCAUAAGGGCCAGGAUUUCUCAGGAGUGCUGCUCUGUCCCCUCUCUUAUUUCUCCACCUUUUGCAUCCUUGAUGCUUGCCCGUGCUGUGACACCUGCAGCACCACUGUGUGGAAAUAGGAGCUCCUGUCAUGUCCAGUCUGUCUGCCAAAGGGUUUCCCACUUCAUCUGGCAGCUCACCUGAUGUACUGCAGUCACAUUUAUAGGGUUGUCAUGCAGAAAAGAACAGUGAAAAGAAAAUACCUAGAGAAAAUUUACCAUUGAUGGAUGCUAAAUCUAAUUGUCUGUAGUAGUGCUGGAGUAGGAGCUGUUUGGCAAAGUGGCAUCUGCUUGAGUUCAUUUAUACCAAAUAGAUGAGAUAUGAAGGACUGUCUUCUCCUCACGUUUGUGCUGGUGUAACUCCAAGCGAAGAAGCAAGCUGGCAAAAAGCAGUUGAUUCUUCUGAUCUCAGAGCCUGUAGAACAACUGCCCUGCAUGGGUCAGGAUGACAAACGCAGCUGUACGUGGCCUCUUAGAAAACAAACAGAAAUGACUGGGUUUUAUUUACAAUUUCUAUGUUGCUUAUUUUCUAAAAGGCUACAAUUUAAUGUGUGUGCACAAUAAAGAUCAUAGCCAACUA